CACGCACACACACACACACACACACAAUACAAUCAUCCCCAUCCCCACUAACACAAAAACACUUUUAAUAGCUAUGUUUUAUGAGUGUUUUGGGACAUUUAAACAAACAAGCUGAAAUACAGAGGACAAGAGAAUGUUUUGUAGGAAUGAUGUAGACAUGAGUGGAUCUCUUCCAUGUCAAAAUAGCUACUAGAAUUCAAAUACCAAAAAUCAUGAAGGGGCAAAAGGGUGAGGAUGUGACAUAAAACACUGAGAGGGCCAAUGAGGAAUGAGUGAGAGAGCAAAGGAAAGUGCAGGGAAGUGAAAGACAGGCAGAGAGUGUGUGUGUGAGAGAGAGAGAGAAAGAGGGAGUGAGAGAGAGAGAGAGAGUGCAAGGGGGUGGAACUGGGCAUACCUCUUUCCCUCUUUCUCACUACAUAUUGUAUCCUGUGUGGCCACUGACUUAUCAUUUUGGUGUGAAGACGAGUACAGACAAACACACUGAGCAGUGUUAUACAGAAUAGAGAACAAGAUACAAAGCUACCAGGAAUACCAACUAACAGUAUUUAAAUUUCACUUUAAAAAGCCUCUGGCAAGAAUCCAGAGAAUUUCGGUCCCAAAGGAUAUCACUCAUCUUAAGAAGGGACAUCACUGAAAAGGAAAGUGCCAAGAAGAACGUUGUUACAGCAAGCAUAAACAGAGAGAGGAGUUGGAUCGGUGAACAGGAAGAUUUGACCCUUCACAGAUUAUCCCCAGUGCGACCCUUUGAUCUCCAUCAUCAAGACCAGCACAGCGGAGAUAUGGCAAGCCCUACCAAAACUUCCCUUAUUACUUCAUUUACUACAGUCAACAUUACAUUGAACCAUUCCAACAAAACCGAGGAACUGAGCCUCGUAAGUAACGAUGCCACAACCAUUGUGGGAGCCAUCAUCCUCACCCUGGUCUUCCUCAUCGGUGUGCCUGGGAACCUCUUCACCAUCUGGAGCAUCCUGGCGCGCUCGCGCAAGCGCUCCAUAACCACCUUGCUCAUCCUCAACUUGGCGUGCGCUGACGGCUUCCUCAUGGCCCUGACCAUCUUCUUCGUGGUCUACCUGGCCAAGCAGAGCUGGAUCUUCAGCAGGUUCCUGUGCAAGACUCUCUUCUACUUGUGCAACGUCAACAUGUACGCCUCCAUCAUGCUCAUUACGCUGAUGAGCCUCCACAGGCUGGUGGCGGUGGUGUGGCCCCAUCACGUGAGCACCUUCAACAAGAAACGGAUCGCACUGCGCGUGCUGGCCGGCGUCUGGAUGGUGGUGCUGCUCUUGGCCCUGCCCGCUCUGAUCUUCAGACAGGUGGAGGAGAUCCCUACCAGAAAUGGAAUACGCUAUGUGUGCGCGCCACAGCAUGGGAUAGGGGAAUAUGGCAGAAUGGAGGUGUUCCAGUACAUGUUUGAGACAGUGGUGGGCUUUUUAGUGCCAUAUGCAGUGAUAGUGAGCAGCUAUGUCUGCAUCCUGCGACGCCUGAGGAGGACAAAGUUCACUCGCCGGGUCCGCAGUGAAAACCUCAUCCAUGCCAUUAUUGUGGUCUUUGGCAUCUUCUGGUUACCCUACCAUAUUAUAAAUAUGAUACAGGUUGCAGCUGCGCUUGCUGGAGAGGGCACCCCUUUGGCAGCGAGUCUGGAAAAGAUCUGGAGACCCAGUCGUGCGGUGACGUCCUCCCUGGCUUUCAUCAGCAGCUGUGCCAAUCCCAUCCUGUACACUUUUGCAGGAAGGUCUUACAUCAAAACUAACGGCCUGGCCUUUAUGGCUCGUCUGUUUGAGGGGACUGCUCUGGACUCAGGCGCCAGGAAGAUGAGGAAAGAAACGCUGGGGCUGAAGACAACAGAUUCCUCCACCAGUGCAAGGGAUCAGGCUGUGAAAAAUGGAACCCAAACCGGUAUAUAGUGUGUGUGCAGAGUCGGUUACUAUGAUCAGCGUGUCAUUCUUCCAACAAGUGUUGUGGUCUAUACCCUGUGUAUCUAUUCUGGGGUUACACAGGUGACUCAGAUGGUGGUGUAUUCUGUCUGCACACAUAUGAUGGAUUUAAUUAGAAAUCUGUAAAAAAAAAAAAAAGAAUCUGUAAAAAAAAACUUUAAAUAUUGUAAAUAAUGUUUUUCAUGUUUUGUAUGGCUGUUCUUAGAUUAAAUAUACAACUGGAUUUCUUAUAAAAUGUUCACAGCAAAAAGACUGUAUAUAUUUGCAUUUGUAAUAUAUUAAAUCUUUUGUACACUCA